AUGUCAUCAGACAUAAGCGCCCUUUACAAGGACAUGGUCCCUGGCAACCUCGCUUGUCUCACAGCCCUGGGUUUCGCUCAAGAAUCACUACCUAUACCCAUCGUGAACCACUCUCUGCGGGUUUAUCUGUUGGCUCGGUUCAUUGCCAAGAGAGAAGACUCUCCCUUUGUGUCUGAGGGGCAGAUUAGUCUCCUCUUUGUAGCAGCUGUUCUCCAUGACAUUGGCGCGAGUGAUGCCGUCAAUGGACCUCAGCGCUUCGAAGUAUGUUCUGCUGACACCGCAAAACAUCAUCUUCUUGAGCAUGGACACUCAGAAGCAGAAGCGCAUCAAGUCUGGAUCGCUAUCGCAGUGCAUACAUCCCCUGGUAUAGCAGAGCGCAUCGAUCCAUUGGCUCGGUUGAUCCGACUCGGUGUGCUCUCAGACUUUGGAUCGGACGAGUACCGAAGAAGUAUCGGGACAGACUCAUACUGCAAGGAGAUAGAAGCCCUUCUGCCGAGGCUAGAACCCGAGAAAGCGCUUGGUGACGCAGUGAUCAAGCAAGCCGACAAGAUUCCACAAGUGGACAGUGUCACUUGGCCCAAUAGUGACAAGUUUCCAGCUGCAAGUUGGCCCGGUAUUCUGCUGCGGGCACACGCCGAGAAUCCAGACCACGAGGGAGUAAACCCAGCAUUCUAG